GGGUCUCCGUUACUGCGAGCAGGGGGUCCCCGCCUUGGGGGGUCGGCGCUAGCAGCACCCUGCUCCGGGGCCGGGCAGGGGCCUCCGGGAGGAAACAGGCAGCGUUCCUAGAGGGGUUCCUGGAGCUGGUUGCGGGGGCACCGGCGCACCCCCGACAGGCUGCGGGGAGGUGCGGGGGAGGUCCCACGGUGGUGGGUGCAGGUUGGGUCUCUGCUGGUGUGGGGAUGUCCCAAAUGUAGCUGAAAGACCGCCUGUUCCGUACGAGCAGCCGCACCUAUGGCAGUGGGGAAUGCUCAGAGGCCACAGCAGCCAGGGGAACCUUCAGAGACCCCCCAGUACUGAGAGCCCAGCUCAGGUCUCAGCGAUCCCGCCGCUGGGGGGGCACAGACCCAGCAGCUUCGUUUUGGGCAUCCCACAUUCUCCAGCUGUGCAGCCAGGCCGGGGCUGCUGGGGCCAAGGGGAGACCUGGAUGCAGGAUGCUCUCCCAGCAGCUGCGGCGGUGGGAUGAGGACUUCAGCCCGAAUGCUCGGGACACCCAGCUGUGACUCUCCCGUGCCUGUAUCUGAUAACAGCCAUGUCAGCUCAGAAGGACAGAUGGGUGUCUUCCUUCUCUUUCCUGCUCUUCUGCGUUUUCUCCGUCCCAAGGUGGGGAAGUGCAAGGCUGCUGCAGGAGCUGAGCCCCCAGCGGUAUUUCAGCAGCUUGCAAGCCGGCAGAGCAUCCCUGGCUUAUUUCAGCCAUAAUGUUUCUCCUGGUGCCCAGCCCUUCUUGGAGCAGAUUGAGAACGCAGCCGAGGCCCUCCAGGACUAUGGCAUUUCGGUGGUGAAGGUUCAUUGUCCCAAAGAAGAUGUCUCAAGAUAUUGUGGAAAGGAAAAUACACUAAGGAAAGCCUACCUGUUCAGAGGUAAUAUGCUGAUCCGAGAGUUCCCCACCGAUGCCUUGUUUGACGUGAACUCCAUUGUUGCUAACGUUUUGUUUGCCCUGCUCUUUAAUGAAGUUAAAUAUGUUGAAACACUGGCUGAACUUCAGAACAUUGAAAACGCAUUGAAAGGGAAGUUGAACAUGGUCUUUGCCUAUGUACCAGCUACUGGCACAGCAGAGCACAGAGCCGUGAUGGAGGCAGCGUUUGUCUACGGGACUGUGCACCAGUUUGUUCUGACAACUGAGGCAACACUGUUGAAAGACACUGGCAAUGAUGAGCCUGAUGUGCCGUCUGCGUGGCUGUUGUUCUGCCACUGCCAGCAGGCCACGGACCUGGCACAACCCUGCAGGAGGACAGCUAUGGGGCAGGCUCUGACAAUGCUCAACAUCCACAGACACCUCAAGCUUAUGGGAGCUCCUCUGGUGACAGAGGUUGCUGAGGACCCAGAGAAGGUUUCCACCGUUCACUUACAGCUUGGGCUACCACUUGUGUUCAUCCUUAGCCAGAAAGAGACCUACGAGGCUGACAGGAGGACAGCAGAGUUUGUGGCCUGGCGGCUCUUAGGGAAAGCAGGAGUUGCCCUUUUGUCCAGGGACCACGUAGAUUUGAACAUUCUGCUCCAGUCAAACGUCGCUCUCAAGACACCAGAUGAGGGAGUGCCAAUCAAAUACCUGGUCUUGGAAGACACUGAUGAAGUUAUAACCCUGGUGGAAGAUAAGAACAAGGUUGAACAAAUCCAGAAGGAGGAGGAGGAAGAAGAGGAAGAGGAGGAGGAAGAAGAGGAUGAAAAAGAGAAUAACAAUCAAGACAUUCAGGAUGAUCAGGUGGUGGAAGCCGUUUCCAGGGACAAGAAGCGAGAGCUGCCCCUGGAGCAGAUCGUUGUGCUGACGGAAGAGACCUUCCACUCUGCCCUCUUGGAGACUGCCCGGACUGUGGUGCUGUUCUAUGCCAGCUGGGAGGCAGUGUCCCUGGCAGUGCUGCAGUCUUACACCGAGGUAGCCGUUCACCUGAAAGGAACUCAGGGGGUUUUGCUGUCUCGGGUGAACUGCUGGGACUGGCCUGGCAUUUGCACAAAGGAGAAUGUCACUCAGUUUCCUGCCAUCAAGAUUUAUGAGAGGGGAGAGCGAUCAGUGAGGUACAACGGCAUGUGGGGAACUGAAGAACUGACCAGCUUCAUCAUGCUGAGCAGAGUUCCCUGCCCUCUGAAGCUGGCCACCAUUGAGGAAGCAGAAGGAUAUUUAAGAGGAGAGUUUCCAUCUGAGCUGUCAUCCUAUCACCACACUGUGCUUCUAGGAGUAUUUAGUCCAGCCACCAGUGAAGCCAGGGAAGCUUUCGAAGAGGCAGGAAACAUCUUAAGUGGCCAUGUGACAAUGGGGAUGUAUUUUGAAGAUGAUGCCUUGGCUUUAUCCCGUAAAUAUGCGGUGUCUCCCCCAGCUCUCCUCCUUGCCAGGAGCGGAGGUCAGAGAGUCGAGGGCAUGGCUUUGCCCAAACAGAGCAUACAGGAGAUGGUGCAGAUGAUCAGAUACAAAUUGCUGGACGCUUUUCCAGAAAUCACUGUGCAAAAUCUGCCCUGCUACCUGCAACUCGGAAAGCCCUUCCUCAUCUUGUUCAGCGAUGGUGACAUCGGUCAAAUGGAAGGCAAUGAAAUGCUGAAGCUGGCAAAAGGAAGACCCCAGCAAGAGUUUGUGGCUUGCUGGUUGAACUUGAAGAAGACUCCAGUGGGACGCGGGGUCCUGAAGGCAUACUUUGCCACCACGCCGUCGCUGCCUGUUCUUGUCUGGGUGAACCUUCAUGCUGGGGGUGAGGUAUUCAAGUUCCCAUCAGAGCAGUCCAUCACUGAAAUGAACAUCUUGUCUUGGCUGGAGAAGCUAAAAGCAGGACUGGAGAUUCCCAGCAGUACCUUGUCUGAGGAAGACUGGAAACCACCUCUCCCUGCUUACGACUUCCUUCAGAUGAUGGAGACCGCCAUGCCUGAGCUCCCCCUCCACACCUCCCAACGCCGCAGGGACAAGCCGGCACGGCACCUGCCCGAAAGCCUGGGAGGGGACACUGCUGUCCAGGAGGAGCAGUCCCAGGAGACCAAGGCAGAGAAAGUCGGGUCCCCUGGGAGGGACCUGCGGGGGACAGCCCCGAGGCUGGCAGCAAGGGAGAAGCAGGGCAAGAGGCACACUGAGCUCUGAGAGCUGGGCAUCUCCCUGCCUGGGGCAGUGAAAGAUAUGGGACAGCGCCCAGAAAACCUUGUCACUUCCCCAGCCCUCCGUGAGCCUUUACACCAGGGAGAGAAGUGCUUUUAGCUGUAAAUUAAUAGUGAAGGGGUAAAACAGCCCCUAAGCCCGAGUGUGAGCGCCUGGCUGCAGGGUGCUGGCUGUUCUGCGGUGGCUGUGGUUUCUGAUGCCAGAAACGUGUCUGCACGGCGCGUGUUGGCCCCCCAGUGCUGUUGGGGUUGCGUUUUUCAGAAAGCGGUGUGAGCAGAUCUGCAGGGAGGUUGCUGUGAAGGAGCUCAGCCCACUCUAUCACUGGGGAGAGAUGGGGUGAGCUCACCACAUGCUAGAGGCUCACCCACACAACAAACUACGCUGGAAAAGUCAAAUCAAUGCAGCCCUGCUCUACAGUUUCUGUAUGUCUCACCUAGACGCUUUGGUUGCCUCUAAUCAGGAAGGGAUGAGUGACUCCAGGUUAAAAGGCACAUUUCCCUGGGUUACAGUAGCUGCUCUACUGAUGUGUGUUGGUGAGCCCUGCUCUCAAAAAGUGGUUAUGCCUGCGCUGUAGCCACGUGGAGCUGGGAGGGCAAGUGUGCCGCCCUCUCCAGGGCUGCUUCAGCUGGCACCCACUUGUGUUCACACCUGACUUGUGAACCGAAUUUGUGAGCAAUAUCAUCCUCAGGGGUAAGAGCAGUAUCUGGUUAAAGCAGUUUUGUUACAAAGGCCAGAGCUCAGGUCAUCACAACAGCCGUGAAUAGCUGGGGCAAAAAUCUGCCAGCAAAUCCCAAGGGCAGGCAGGGUGGAAGAUGGCUUUGCUCAGUGCUGGCAUUUUCUUGGUUACAAGCCCGGGGGUUAUUUGCAGCCUCCAUUUUUCUUUGCUCUCGGUGACAGCAGCAAGGUUGGUGCCUCCUGAGCUGGAGACAGUGCAGGGAGUGAGGUCUGCAGAAAGCCCAGUGCUCUGGAAAUGAGGGGAGGGAGAUGAAGGGCAGGGCUGGUGCUGCUGGGGACAGGUCCUUCCAAGGUUGGAUGGAGCUGCUUCACAUCCAUAUCUAGAUGGGGAGAUCCAAGACCUGGCGAAGUGGCUUUCCACCCUCUGCCCAUCUCCUGGGGACAGCAGAAGGUCUGUCAUUCCUUGCUGGAGGACCUGAGCCUGCAGGCCGAUGUGGGCUGGGGCGAGCCAUGCGUUUGGAGGGAAGCUUUGUGUAAUCCCACCCAUGCCAUGACGAUCUCCCCACCCCGUUCAAUAGACAUCUGUUCCCUUUGACAGCACCGCUGGGAGGGUCAGAUCCUCCUCCUUAUGGCUCUGAAGUUACUGGGAAGGGGACAAAUAGAUGGUAAGGAACUGCUGAGAGUAUUGUGAAGGCUGUAUUUCUCGUCCUGCAAGCAGCCCACAUGGUUGGGAGUAUUUUGAAAUGCUCAGAAAUAGACGGUUAGUCCAAGGGCUCUUCUUGAAGCCCUUAAUUGAAACAGACUGAUUUUGGACUUAAUGACAGGCUUAGAGCCAAAAUGUGUGUAUUUAAAUAAGAAACUAUAGCAUGCAGAUUGGAGCCUGCCAUGCAGCUGAGUAUUCCCAAGGGAAGGAGUAGGUCAGGGCGUGAACAGAUCCUCUGUGAGUUCCCGUCAUUCCUCUGCUGUAUAAUGUCGUUACACUGCUGGGCUCUACAAGCUGUACGUUGGUCAUUUCCCAUCCUGUCCCUACCGAUGCCACUGCUGACGUUACAGCAUCGCUUUCCCACUUGAUGCAGGUGAAGUGCGAUAUUUGGGCUUGCCAUUGAUGUCUUCAAUAAACUCCGUCUCAAAUAUA